UGGCUUAUUGUUGGUUUAUUCACUUACAUUUUUUGCUGAAAACUGAUGACCUUUCGACAUCUGAAGAAAAUGGAUCUGAGUUUGUCGCUUGCUCUGCUUUUACUGGGCGCACUUGUAGCCAGUGUUAAUGGAAACUGCUCCCCGGACCCAUGCAUUCAUGGAACGUGCACGGACACCGGUAGUGGAUUCGCGUGCACAUGCGACUCGGGCUACACGGGACCUACGUGCAGCACAACUCUUGACCACUGCGCAGGCAAUCCGUGUAAUACAGGCGCAAAAUGCUACAACGUGAAAGGGGCCGCCCUUUGUAUUGGAAAAGCGGUCGAUUACUGCAGCCCCAAUCCAUGUGCAAAUGGAGCCACGUGUGUAUCUGGACAGACAACAUUCUCGUGCAUUUGUCCUGCCGAUAAGGCGGGCACAUACUGCGAGUUCCCUGCGGGUGAUGUCCUCGACCUGACAACUGUAUUUGUAGAGGGCUCUAUCGAAUACUGGGCCGACGUUCCUUUUAGCAACGUCGUUGACAACGACGUUAACACGGAAGCUUGGGCAUAUUCUUCCCCAGAUAGCUUCAUGAAUAUCUUUAUGGGCAAAACUUUCCCCAUCCACCAUGUAGAGUUCUCUACUGAAUAUUCCUGGUAUUUCGGCGAGGUCGUGGUAGAAGUGGAUGGGGUAGAAUGCGCAAGACAAAAUGAAACUUUUGACACAAACGUGAUGACGUGCGGAGAGCUGUUGUUUGGGGAAAAAGUUACUUUUACCAACUACGCUAACCCCUACUUCUUGAUGUCUGAAGUAUAUCUGUUUUCUGCUUAAAAGUACAAGUCAUAAUUACGUAUAUGUAAUAAGUGACUCUGUGAGGUGAGUUUCGUGUUCUGGAAAUAAAUCGUAUUUUCAAUA